AUGAACAGAUCUGUAGAUGGUCAUGAAGACGGAUUAAUGAUACUCAGCAUCUUCGAUCCUCAAUCCGAUCGUCAGCCUUCAAGUAGUCGAGCCUUUGAUGUUGGCAAUGGAAUUGGAUUCGGAAGCGUUUGUGGAGGUGGAUCCGAGCGGCAGGUACGGACGCUACAGGUUUCGAUGCAGGCCUUGAAGAAGUGGUCAUGGAAAAUAUUGAAAGGCUUAGAUUAUCUACACAAGCAUGAACCCUGUAUCAUUUACACAGAUCUCAAUUGCAGCAAUGUCUUCAUCAAUAGCAAUAUCGGCAAGGUAAAAAUUGGCAAUUUGGGUUUGGCUGCAAUAGUUGGUAAGAGCCAUUGUGCACAUUCAAUACUGGGGACACCUGAAUUCAUGGCUUCUAAGCUGUACGAGGAGGAUUACAUGGAGCUGAAUUUACAAGAAGGUAACAUCGAGUCUAUGCCCUUCAUGGAGGCGUUGAGGCAACUAUUUUUCUUUACAGGCGCCAGGUAUUCAUUCCCACAAAUAAAACUACACCCAAAAGCAAUUGAAGGUACAAGAAGUGCUGGAAAAGUUCUUGAUGUUUUUUAUUGCCUCAAGCUCUUGGAAGCCACUAGCAUUUCUACUGUCCCUGGUUCAGCUGAUGUCAUGGUUGGAUCACGAACUCUAAUUGGAGGAAUUUUUAGACGCUCAGGCCUCAACCGCUUUGAAAGUAAUAAAUAUUUGGAUUACACUCUCACUCCUAUACAGAAGGAGCGUCUUCAAAGGCAUCAAGAAAGAUUGAACAUACCAUUUGAUGAAGAAAGCCUUGAACAUCAAAAAGCUCUUAUAGAUUUAUGGUAUUUAGCAUAUCCAGAUGUUAAACUUCAAGGUUUGACGUCAGAGAAAUGGAAGGAUAUGGGGUGGCAAGGAGUCAAUCCAUCAACCGACUUUAGAGAUUCUGGAGUAUUACCAGCAACUCGAUUUUGUGUGUAUGUUGUGGUUGACAUGGUUUUUGAAUUUUUAAUGUAUGAUGUGUACACCUGA